AUGCCGCCAACACUCAGCUUUCAGCUCCAAAACAUCCAGCAGCGCAGAGAUGGCACCAGUCUCUCCGAGUUGAUCGUGCAGGGUCUGUUAUCCACCCCUCUCAAGCUGCCUUCUCUUCUGCUUUGGGAUGAUGACGGACUGAGACUCUUUGAUGCCCUGACCCAAACGCCUACGUAUUAUCUACAUGACAAGGAAGUCGAAAUACUGGCCCAAUAUGCGAAUGAUAUGGCAGCACGCAUUCCGUCUGGCAGUGUUCUGAUCGAGCUGGGCUGUGGGAGUCUGCGGAAAACAGGCGCGAUUCUUUCGGCGCUCGAGCGGAAGAACAAAGCGAUCGACUAUUACGCCCUUGAUGUGUCUCCAGGCGAACUGUCGGACAGCCUGGCAACACUCACCGCCCGAUUGGGCCCAUCGAGUGGCGUCAAGGUGCAUGGACUGGUGGGGACAUACGAAGACUGCAUUUCGUGGUUGGCGGGCAAUCCGUGGCCCCAAAAACAGGUCGAUUUAGUCACUCUACUAUGGAUGGGCAACAGCGUAGCCAAUCACGGCCAGCUCGAAGCAAGCUCAGUGCUGGGCCAGUUUGCCCGCGCGGUGCAGGGAGCCGGAGUGCCAUGCCAGUUUCUUGUUGCUGUGGAUGCUUGCCAGAAGGAAAGCCGGGUCUUGGAAGCGUAUGACAGUGACCAAGAGGCUCUCCGCGAGUUCAUACUGAAUGGACUGCGUCAUGCCAAUACCAUCAUGGGCAGGCAGAUGUUCAACAGCGAUGAAUGGGAUUGUGUAUGCCGAUUUGACGCCCACGAUCACACACUCAGAGUGUAUUACACUUGCCGCAUGGACACCGAGCUGACUGUGGACGGACACCGACUAUCCCUAGCAAAUGGAAGCCAGAUUGAGGCCAUCACCAGUGGCAAAUGGACGGUGGGAGAUGUGCAGCAGAUUGCCAAACGAGCUGGACUCCGAGUAAAGGAUCGAUGGUGUGAUGCGGAAUGCAUAUACUGUGAGACUACUAUUUGUCCUACGCUAUUAUUUGAUACUAACAGGGGCAGGCUUCUAUACAAUGACUGCAGACUCUCCCUGCUAUGA